AUGCACAAUAUUAACAAGAUCAUUAAUCUCUAUAAAAGAAUAGGAAAAGAUAUCAUUGGUGGUAUUUACCAAGAGUUGCAGAAAAAAAACUCGCAAGAUUUAAAGCAUCGUAGAAGAGCCAUCUCUCCAAAGAAUAAGAUCAUUAUUUACAGCCUUAUUGUGAUUCUAAUGGUUACUCUAUGUAUUGGACUCAUGUAUUAUGACAUGUAUUCGGUCAUUAUCACCACUUCGGAGACCAUGUUACAAAUUGAUAUCUCCACAGCCAUCAUGAGAUCUGCUGUCAGAAUUUCAGUUCGUUUGAGCGAAUUCUUUGCAUUCAAUGGAAUUCAGUCUGGAAAAUUUAUCAACAACCCUGCUGUCGGAAGUGCAUCGCAAUUAGCAACAUUUAGAAGCGAUGUUCGACAAUAUUCACUUGACAUUCAAAACAUGUACAAUGAACUAUUUUAUGGAGGCUCUCGUUCAUCACCCUUAAUUGGUAAAUAUCCCCGUAUUGAUGAAAUUAUUAUGGGUCUGUACAAGUGUGAAAACAAAACGGCGUGUGAAACAUUACAGUCCGUUCUUUCCAAAUUUACUGUGUACUCUCUCAAGUGGGGAGAUGAUUUGUGGAAUUUAAACUUUGCCAAACAACCACAAGUGUUUUUCCAAUACCUUGAAUUAUAUAAUCUCACCGACGAGGUAUUGGCGAAAAUGUUAGACCUAUUGAAACAUCUCGUGAAUUAUACACAGUCGUUUUCUAAAGCCUUGACUGCAUGCUGUUUUACAGUUGGUUUAAUCACCUUACUCAUUUUCAGCUACUUGAUCUGGACCGAAUUUCGAAAGCACGACAUGGAAAUUACCAAUCUAAGAUUUUUCCUAAAUUUCAUUCCCAUAGAUCAUCUCGAAAAUAAUGAAAAUUUGAAGAACUUUAUAUUACAUCAUACUCUCUCCACUACGAACAGAUCUAAACAGGCCACGAGUGAAGAUUCCAUUACUAAUUUGUUAUCCUCCAUGGUGGAUGGUGCCGUUUUGGCCAAUGAAAAAGGAGAAAUUACUUUAUUCAAUGAGGCUGCUCAAAAAAUGUUUGGAAAAUCACUGUCAGAUGUUAUAGGGUUGCCUUUUUAUUCUUUAUUUGAUCCCAAUAAGGCAGAGUUUUUGAAGAAGGUGUGUCAACAAUUUAAAAAUCAAUCAGAUGCUGUUGAUAAGAAACAUGGUGACAGUUUUGAACUCGAAUGCAUUCGAAAGAAUAUGAGCACAUUCCCUUCGAUGGUGAAUUUAUUUGUCACCAAAACAGGAACAGGAACCAAGAUUAUUUCAUGUUUUGUGAAAGAUAUUGCCAUGGAAAAGAAACAAAAUAGUUUAUUGGCAGAGGAAAAAAAGAAUUCAGACAUGCUAUUAAGAAAUAUUCUGCCGGAAUCUGUGGCAAUGAGACUCAAAUCCGGAGAAACUUUUAUCGCAGAGAAGUUUAAUGAUAUAACAUGCUUUUUUAGUGACAUGGUUGGAUUUACAACGAUAAGUAGUGAUAUGAAUCCUAGUGAAUUGGUGUCGAUGCUUAAUUUAAUUGUGAAUGGGUAUGAUGCCCUCACUGAUAGAUAUCAGUUAGAGAAAAUCAAGACCAUUGGAGACGCUUAUUUUUGUGUGGUAAGUAGUGCUGAAUGUGCAUUGCAUUUAUUUCACACAUUUACAUUAGGGAGGUUUGCAAUCAACAUUUUUGAUGUCGUACGAGCAUGCAAUGUUGAAAAUCGACAAAAGUAUGGCCAUCAAAUCAAUAUCCGAGUUGGCAUCAAUACGGGAGGGGCCGUGGCAGGUGUGAUCGGCAAGAAAAAGUUUGCCUAUGAUUUGUGGGGAGAUACCAUUAAUACUGCCUCACGAAUGGAAUCUACUUCACUUGCAGGAAGAGUUCAACUCUCACGAUCCACCUAUGAGAGAGUCUAUGAUUUAGGUUUUGAAUUUGAAGAGAGAAUUGUUGAAGUGAAAGGUAAAGGAACUUGUAAAACUUACUUGUUGAAACCUCACCAUCAUGUCAGUGCGUUGAGCGAAGAGGGUGUUGUCGAACUGCUUGUUGGAGAAGGAUCAUCAUUGGGCGCAGCAAAUGCAACCUUACAUCAACAAGCCGUUUCUAGUGUUGCCCUUUCUCCGUCACCAGAAAAAAUUAUACUUGCAACUGGAAAAGAGACUUCAAAAGAAUAA